UGAGCUUCAAUAUGGUCUCAAAAUAUCCUGAAAAGGGCGCAAUCAUGUCUUUCAAUCGUCUCUGUUCAAACAUACCUCCAAAACCUCUCGAGCCUUCGGCGCUGUCUAUUUUAAUUGGUAACGCUAAAUCUCCUGCAAGAUCCAGUCAUUUUGCUAACAGACUAGCGAAAUGUGAUGACGAGAAUACUGGUAUAAUCUCUAAUAUUUCACCUCCCAAGACUUUUCACGUCAAUGUCCAACUUUCGACUCCUGGCGGUAGAGAGUAUCUCUUCUUCGAAUACUCUUUACAAGAUACCUCUCCGUCACCUCUCACGACCUCAGAAUUGCCUGAUGCGCUUGAGGAUAGUACCUCUACUUCAAACAGCCAUUGCUUCUGCAAGCAUUGCAUCUUCCCUGCAUCUUCAAUCCAUGUUUCAACAACUGUCAAGGGAGCAAUUCUGAGGUCACUCCUCAUCUUGCGCCUGCUUCGAGGGCUGAAUCAAGUACACCUCACUGUCAACGAAUCAGUAUUGAUGAAUCUAUAA